AUGAAUACGAACGAAAAUACAACGUAUCAAGACCCAAACGUCAAUACAAACCCUAACUAUCAACACACAGAAACAUAUAAUUCUGCUAAUACUGGAGGGAACCCCAAUAUCAACUAUAAUGCUGGUGUCAAUCAACCUUCUUAUGGUAGGCAAACUGCAGUUACUACAGGUAGGAGAUCUUGGACAGAAGCCAUGUGGUGUACCACUACCUUAAGAAUUUUGGAAUUCGCAUCUUCUGUUCUUGUAUUUGCCUUAUUAUCAUUUGCCAUUCAUGAUUAUCACGAUCAUGGUAAUCAUAAGACCAAUUUCGGUUUGGCUGUCGGUGUUAUAUCUACAUUCUACUUAUUAGCUGUUAUGUUGGGUACUUUAUUUGCACCUCAAUUUGUCUUUGCUGGUGUUCUUUUGAUUGCAGAAGGUAUCGUAUGUCUAUUAUGGCUCUGUGCAUUCAUUGUUAUUGCUAAAUCCAUUGGUGAACAUGGCUGUAGUAAUAAGACUGUUGCAGUCUAUGAUCCAGAGUUUGGGUCAGUCCCUCAAUUCGUCAGUACUGGUGGUGAAUAUAAUCCAUUUACUGGUAGAUACACAACGUCAAACUUCCACAGAGCCUGUAAUACUUCCAAGACUGCUAUUGCCUUUGCAGGUUUUGCCUUUGUAUUAUUUGUCAUUUCAUGUAUCUUUUUGGGAAUUAAUGUAUUAAGACCCAUCAUUAGAAAUAUUGGUGGCCAAGGUGUUUGGAAGGAUGGCUCUUAUUUGGGUUCUAAAUUCCAACGCUUCACUGGGUUAGCCCUAGACAAACCAUUGGGAACUUCCCAAAGAUAUGACAUGGAACCAGGUGUUGUUGGCGGUGGUACUACUGCACCAAUGGCUGAUACACAUACCAUGACAACUGCUGGUGAUUCAACCACCCAUUCUUAUAAUCAAGAGAAAUAUACUGAAACUGGUGGUCAUAGUGCAGUGACUGGUAACACGGCAGGUGAUGGUACAAGACAUGUUGAAGAAGUUUAA